UAGGAAAAGAAGAUAAGCCAUUUUGUUUCACGUCUGUAAUACAAAACUAAAAUAAUUUUAAGAUGUAUCAGCACUUAAAGAAACAUUUGUCUGGUCAACUUGAACUAUUGGAUGAGUCAAAUGUUUAUCUACAGAGUAGCAUCAGUGAUUUUGUACAGCAGAUUAAAACAAAAGCAAUGGAAUGUGUAGACAACAAUUCUGACACCGAAAUGACGAUGAAAGCUGUACUUGCUAUGGUAACAUCAGCACAGAGUACUAUAAUAGAACACACUGAUAUGUUCACGGAAUCCACCAAGCUGUACCCUCUCACUGUGAUGACAGAAGAACAGAGAACACCUGAAAGUUUGAAGACAGCAGACACUGGAUUUAUUUCUCAAGCCUGUAGAGCUGUUAAAUGUAAUCCAGAAACAUCAAGAACAUUAAAGGAUAUUGAAGCAACCUUAUUAUCCCUUCAAGACUCAAAACAAAAGACGGAAGAUGACUUAUCAGAAAUAAAACAAUGGAGAGACAACUUUGUAACAGAACAAAGUGAUGUGGGGAUUAAAGUUCAAAACUGGUCUAAGAAACAAAAACAGAAUUUUAAAAACUUAAGAAAACAGUUAAAAGAACAAGAUAACAAAAUAGAAGAUCUGAAUCAACAAAUUAAAAGUUUGAAAAGUAAAGAAUCAGACACAGACAAAACACUGGAGAAACUGUCUCUAGAUAUGAAAGAAUAUGAAAACAACCUGCACACACUAAAUAAAGAGAUGAGAGUUUACACAGAGAAAACAGAUCAUGUAACACAAGAAAUUAAAAGACAUUCUGAUUUGAUAUCUGCUAUACAAGAAGAUUCAACAAAAGCAUUUGAUACUUUAUUGUCUAAGCAUGUUACGAUAUGUAAACUUCUACAACAAAGAUUGAUGCCAAUUCAUAAAAUAAUUGAAACAUAUAAUCAAAACUCUGAGACUAGGGUAGGGAAAAUGAAGAAGAUUGACACUCUUGAAAAAAAAGUUUUAAAGUUGUCACAGAAUCUUCAAUCAAUUGCGAAACAUUCUACACCAGGGUUUAUUGCUUCACAAGGUCGCUCGGACAUGAAAAAAGGUGUCGAAGUUAUUACAUUCAGUGCUGUAGAACGUAACGUAGGAAACCAUUUUGAUCAAAAGACUGGAGUAUUUACCGCCCCUGUUGAUGGCCUGUACAAAGUAAUCCUUACAAUAAAACCAACAGGAGAUGGUGCUGUAACAGCCGGUGUUGGGCACAAAUCUGGUGAUGUGGUGACAUUUCCCUUUGAUGUUUGGACAGCAGAUAAAUCUGGUGAAGCUUCAAGGAGAGUACAGGUUCAGAUGAAAACUGGAGAUAUUUUAUUUUCACACACCAGCAAUAAGGAUUGUGAAUGUACACAUUUUUCUUGUUUCCUUUUUUAUUUUUAAUAUUCAUGCAUCAUACAUCAUAAAACGUACAGGAAAAAAACCCUAUUUUAAGGGGUAAUAAAAAGAAUAACAAAUAUUUUAUUGGUUAAAAUCAGUAAUAACACGUUACUUUGUUUCUUCGUCUUUAUCUUUAAGUCUAUAAUUAAACUUUCUUUAACGAAAGUAACAUUUUAUUUAAUAAUAAUUGGAUAAUUAUAGCCUAAAUUGUGUUAAUAAAUGACGUGGUUUGAUGAACUAAAAAUAACUUAUUAUGAUUUGUGAUUGUGUAUAUUCACAUCAUUUUGCUUACACGAUACAAAGAUUAUAAAAUACAUUUUUAAAGUAAGUUCCCUGUUCAAACCUGACGGUCUAUAUGGCAAGUAAAGUAAAGAUCACUUGUUUCAGUGAGCUCGGCAUAUGAUAAGAACAAGCUAUACAUUAUGUGAUGACGUCAUGUUACAGGUAAUAUAACUAGUUCGUAGUUUGGACAGUCGAAACGGCACAACCUGAAACAUGGUGAAUAGUGGUAACCAAUCAAAGAUAAGGUCAGGGUCACGGGACUAGAGACGGUAAGAAAGGGGAAGGCUAUUUUUAAUUAAGACAAGGAGUCGGUAAACAUAUUCUUUAGUUGUACCAGUCUACAGAAUUUUAGUGCAAGCUGUUUGACUAGAAAGUCAGGGGCAGCAAGUCGUCAAUUAUAGAAGAGUUGGUAGUGGACGUGACUUAA